CCUGAAUCUUGUUUUAGAACCAACACAUUAACCGUUAAGGUUUCAUCAAAGUUCGCAUGAUUAGGGAUGCAACUCCAACAUCAUAACACCUCGUCUUACAAUAUUUCCUUAUGGUCAAAACAAGAGACUCUCGAUCUGGAUAAUUAUUGACUUUAUCAGGAUGGCAUUGACUGCGCUCUGUGUCGCUUUCGUCAAGAGACACCCGAGUCUCCUAUGCAUUUCGAGCUUCUCAAAUAUGACGAAGUACCGCUUCCACAGCCUAUCAAAAAGCGCGUUAUGGACAUCAUCCUCCACGACCGAACGUCCGCAUCCGGACUAUCUGAGGUGAACGUCAUUCUCGGGGAAACAUUUGCCGACGCCGUAGAAGAAUUCUGCAAGAAGCACAAUGUGGACAAAUCAUCCAUCGAUGCUAUCGGAUCCCAUGGUCAAACCAUCUGGUUGUUAUCUAUGCCCAAGCCUGACCAGGUCAAGUCUGCGCUCACUAUGGCUGAGGGCUGCUUCAUCGCUUCUCGCACCGGAAUCACUACCGUGACCGAUUUCCGCGUCUCCGACCAGGCGGCUGGUCGUCAGGGCGCCCCCCUGAUUGCUUUCUUCGACUCACUUCUACUCCAUCACCCUACGAAGCUCCGCGCCUGCCAGAAUAUCGGUGGUAUCGCUAAUGUUUGCUUCAUUCCUCCGGACAAUAGGGGCGGCGUGUCGGAAACAUAUGACUUCGACACAGGCCCAGGCAAUGUCUUUAUUGACGCCGUUGUGCGCCAUUACACUGGCGGUGAGCGUGAAUACGACAAGGAUGGUGAGAUGGGUAGCCGGGGUACUGUUAACCAGGCCCUUGUCGACGAAUUCCUGCAGCACGAGUACUUCAGCCUAGACCCGCCCAAGACGACGGGCCGUGAGGUUUUUCGCGACACGCUCGCCUUCGAGUUGAUCGAUAAGGCCGAGAAACUGGACAUGACUCCCGACGAUGUCGUCGCCACGGUCACCCGCAUCACAGCACAAUCCAUUGUAGACCAUUACCGGCGCUACGCUCCAGCUGACAUGGAGAUCGAGGAGUUAUUCAUGUGCGGCGGCGGUGCCUACAAUCCCAACAUCACCCGCUUCAUUCAACAAGCGUAUCCUAAUACCAAAAUCAUGAUGCUGGACGCGGCCGGUGUAUCUGCAGGCGCAAAGGAGAGCAUCACCUUUGCUUGGCAAGCUAUGGAGGCUGUUAUAGGCCGCUCAAUUCCGGUCCCUACCCUUGUUGAGACUCGUCGCGAAUACGUCCUAGGCAAGGUGUCGCCAGGUGCCAACUACCGUAAUGUGAUGCAGCAGGGCAUGGCAUUUGGCGCCGGUCAUGACCGAUUAUCACCCGUCAGGGAGAUGGUGAAUUAUGUGGACGGCAAGAUAUUCGACAAUAAGUGGUGAGUGUUGCGAGCUCACAGCAUGAUGGGGCAUCGAGAAGAUAGUUGGAAGUGUUGGUGAAUUUGGUACAUGACACAAUGUCAAAUGCCGAAUUGAGAAGGCACUCGAAAGGCAUCAUACUGGUUGGUACUUUCCUCAUCGCAUGUAAGGAAACACAGAUGAGGCGGCAUUUCGCAAGAAUUUUAUGGUCAAGUGCGGAUGGAAACGAAGUGAUUGAAGGAUGCGCAGUGAGAAGAUG